GUUCCUCUUCUUACUUCCUCUAUCACAUAUAUUCUAAACCUUAGUUCUUCUUGCACUAUGGAACAUGAGAAAGAUGAAGAACUAGAACAACCAGUUAGUCCUCUAGGACAAUACUUUAACAGCUCAGUCAUAUGCUUACACAUUAUUGCAGUUUUAGAAUUUGAAGUUCCCAUCCAUGACUUGCAAGUUUUUGCGUUAUUUAAAGAUGUUUUCCUUCCCAUUAGUCCUCGUUUCUCCUCCAUCAUGGUAGAAGAUAAAAAUAGAAAGAAACAAUGGAGGAAAGUUGAUGUGAACUUGAAAGACCAUAUCAAAGUACCAAUAUUUUCUGAAGGAAAAACAUUGGAAUUUUAUGACAAAUGUUUUCAUGACUAUUUAUCAACCAUAGCAAUGGAAAAACUAUCACAAGAAAAACCAUUAUGGGAGGUGCACAUAGUGAAUUACCCAACAAAAAAUUCACUAGGCAAUAUGAUAUUCAAGCUUCACCAUGCACUUGGAGAUGGUUAUUCUCUAAUGGGUGCACUUCUUUCUUGUCUUCAACGUGCUGAUAAUCCAUCUCUUCCUUUGUCUUUUCCUUGUCUUAAACCAACAAAAUCAGUAACUUUUAAGAAAAGUUGUUGGAGAAAAAUUUGUUGGACUAUGUCAUCUGUUUUUAGUACUGUCUCAGAUUUUGGAUGGAGUGUGUUGAAGAGUAGUGUUAUGGAUGAUGAUGAAAGUCCUAUAAGAUCAGGAGAUGGUGGAGCUGAUUUUCAACCAAUUUGUAUAUCAACUCUGACAUUCUCCAUGGAGCAUAUCAAAGACAUCAAAUCAAAGCUUGGUGUGACUGUGAAUGAUGUGGUGACUGGAAUUGUGUUCUAUGGGACAAGGCUAUACAUGCAAGAAAAGGAUUCCAAAUCAAACACUUCAAAUUCAACAGCAUUGGUAUUACUCAAUACAAGAAACAUUGAAGGUUACAAGUCAAUAGAUGAUAUGCUCAAUACUAAAAAAUCAAAGGGUCCUUGGGGGAAUAGAAUUUCCUUCUUGCAUGUACCAAUACCAAAGUUGAAUAAAAGUAGAAUUUCAAACCCUCUAGAGUUUAUUUCACACACACAUAACAUAAUUAAGAGAAAAAAACAAUCUUUGGCUGUGGCACUUACUGGGAAACUUUUGGAAAUAGAAGGCAAAUUCAGAGGACAAGAGGAAGUGGCUAAACAUAUUAGGAAGACAAUAACAAAUUCAAGUACAGUGAUUACAAAUUUGGUUGGACCAGUAGAACAAAUGAGUUUGGCUAAUCAUCCUGUCAAGGGCUUGUACUUCACUUUGGCUGGUGGAGCUGAGAGUCUUAUCAUUUCAAUAAUGAGCUAUAUGGGAGUGCUAAGAGUUACCCUUAAAACGGAGAAAGACUUCAUAGACGAACAAAGAUUAAAGUCAUGCAUACAAAGUGCAUUUGAGAUAAUAUUCAAAUCAGCCAUGAAAUUUUCUUGUGAAACCAAUUAG